AUGUUUGCUAUGCUGACGGGCACGGUACGCAAAAGGCCGUCGUCCAGCAUCCUUUUGAUUCUUUUGUUGCCGUUGCUCACGCUCGUCUAUUUCCGCUAUGUCGUCGUCGAACAACACAAGACCGAGCGCCUCGUCACCGACCUGCACACCUACGUGGCCGAAUACCCCCUCGAUGUCGCGCUGCCGGACUUCGCCUCGGUGGCCAACCAAGUGGCGGCUCUGUCGCAGCUCGCGGGGCUCUACAUGCGGGAACAGACGCUCGAUCGCAGCCGUCUGAAGGAUUCCCUGGUCCAUCUCUUCCCCUGGUGGAACGAGGACAAAUUGGCCUAUGUGCCGUGGAAACACUCGUCCAGCAAACAGUCGAAACCCUGGUCCAAGGACAAGAAGAAGCCGGACCUGAAGACGGGGAUCGUCGUCUGCGUCGGGGACGGCAACGUCGAAGACGCCCUCUUCCUGAUCACCAACCUGAAAAAGGUGCUCAAGAACGAACUGCCCAUCGAGAUCGCCUACGCCGGCGACUCCGACCUGUCGCCGCACACGCGGACAUUCCUCCGCGCGACCAGCAAGGACAUACAAUUCCUCGACCUCACCAAGAUCUUUGACAACUCCCUCAUCGGGCUCAAAGGGUGGGCGACCAAACCGUUCGCCCUCAUCGCCAGUAAAUUCCCGCGGACGAUCCUCGUCGACGCCGACGCCGUCUUCUUCUCGAACCCGGAGCGGGCGUGGACCGACUACGAGGGCCUGCAGGAGACGGGGACUCUCUUCUUCCACGACCGUGCCGUGACGAUGGACCACAGCGAAAACCGGCGGCGGUUUGUGGCGGAGCAGCUCGUGCGCGCGGGGCGGCAGCCGUCGCAGCGGCUCAACAGCAGCUCGCUCUUCUACAAGGGGUACAUUGGCGAGGAGGCCGACUCGGCCGUCGUCUACUUUGACAAGUCGCGGCCGGAGCUGUACGUGACGGCGCUGUUCGCGGCGUGGAUGAACGUGCAAGACGUGCGCGACGCCAUCACCUGGGACACCUUCUGGGGGGACAAGGAGUCGUACUGGCUGGCGGCGGAGCUGACGGGGGUGCCCUACGCCUUUGAGCCGUGGUACGCGGCCCGCUUCUCCGAGGCCCUGAGCACGUCCGAGGCUGUCGUGUUCAAGACGCCGCGCAUCUGCUCGCCGCACAUGGUGCACUCGGACGCCGACGACGACGAGCCCUUUUGGACAAACAUGGGCAUCUGGCAGAACAAGGAGGACAAGUCGCUCGGCUUCGCCAACUGGACCCACUGGUACCUGGGCGACCCGAUCGACCAGACCAUCCGCACCACCGCCGCCGCGAACCUGACCCAGGUGCCUCUCGAGCUGGACCUCGAUCUCGAUCUCGAGGGUGACGGCGAUGGCGACCCGGACCGCGUCUCCAACGCCACCCUCGCCCAACCCGCCAACGAGACCCAAGUCCUCGCCACCCAGGCCUCUUGGAACUGGCGCGACUGGACCGAAGACGCCCGCGGCUGUCCCCAGCACGACGAAUCGCGCUGGCGGCCCCUGAGCCGCGAGUUCCUCGAGCGCCUGCAGUCCAUCAUCACCGAGGCCGAGCACAUCCGCUACGCCUGGACGAGAAAGAAGAUAGAGAUGAAUAAUUGA